AUGGGAGCACUGGAAUUUUUACCAAUCGAUUCGAUGUUCUCACGAUCUGUAAUACUGAACAAUCAAGUACAUAAUUCGAUGAACUCCAUGGUUUCCACUUAUGAGCUUUUCGCUGCUGCUGCUGCUGCUGCUGCUGCUGCUGCUGCUGCUGCUGCUGCUGCUGCUGCUGCUGCUGCAGCCAAUCAGGAGACGCGGAUUCCGACCGAUCUAAUGGGCCUGGCACAUGCAAUCAGGCUGGCUGAAUAUCGGAAAGCUGAUAGCUGA